AUGUAAAAACUAGCUUCGGCUCUGCACCCGAUCAGGCUUUCACCGUUUCUCGCUUUCGUCCUUCAUUUAGUCAGACGACCAGUGGCAGCGAGCACCGAACAUCCAUCCCCUCUUCGUUCCAAUUUUCUUGCGGAGUUUCAGAAUGGAAGGGCUUCUUGUGGAAAAGCAUAUAAAGUACAUCUUAUCAGCUAAAGAGAGUAAAGAUGAAUUUGAGUCUGUGGUGAUGGAGCAUCUUAGGUUAAAUGGAGCAUACUGGGGUUUGACGACUCUUGAUAUCCUUGGGAAGAUUAAUGCAGUGGAUCAAGUCGAAGUCAUUCCCUGGGUUUUGCAGUGUCAACAUGAAUCCGGUGGAUUUAGCGGUAACAUUGGACAUGAUCCACAUAUCUUGUAUACACUUAGUGCCAUCCAAGUCUUAGCAUUAUUUGAUAAACUUGACGUCCUUGACAUUGACAAGGUCUCCAACUAUAUUGCAGGCUUGCAAAAUGAAGAUGGGUCCUUUUCUGGUGACAUGUGGGGUGAAGUUGAUACAAGGUUCUCUUACGUAGCAAUAAGUUCUCUUGCUCUAUUGCGAAAGUUGGAUAACAUCGAUGUGGAAAAAGCUGUACAGUACAUUUUAAGUUGCAAGAAUGUGGAUGGUGGAUUUGGUUGCACGCCUGGGGCAGAAUCUCAUGCUGGGCAGAUUUUCUGCUGUGUGGGAGCACUUGCAAUAACAGGCUAUUUGCAUCAGGUUGACAAAGACCUCCUUGGCUGGUGGUUAUGUGAAAGACAAGUAAAAUGUGGGGGUCUAAAUGGGCGCCCCGAGAAGCUUCCUGAUGUCUGCUAUUCUUGGUGGGUUCUUUCAAGCUUGAUUAUGAUAGACCGUGUUCACUGGAUUGACAAGGAGAAGCUUGUACAAUUUAUCUUGGACUGUCAGGAUAGAGAAAAUGGUGGGAUUUCGGACAGGCCAGAUGAUGCAGUUGAUGUCUUCCAUACAUAUUUUGGAGUUGCUGGGCUCUCUCUUUUGGAAUACCCAGGACUAAAAGCGAUAGAUCCCGCUUAUGCCUUACCCGUCGAUGUUGUGAACCGAAUCAUCUUUGACAAGUAAUCGGCUGGUUUUAAACGUGCUGCCAGUCCCAUCCAUUUUCACCAAAUUUUUUAAAAUAUAUAAAGUUUUAGUACAGCAAGGUCGAUGAUAUUAUUCUCUUAAAGGAUUCGCUAUCUAUCAUGAUUUUAGCAUUUUAUAAAUUAAUUUGCACAGG